CUCUGUAAAGAGAGUUGCUUGAAUUCUUCGAUAAGCUGCUGUACCAUAUGCUCCUGGCUCAACUCGCGCUUAAUGAUAAAAAAACGCUUGAAAAUUGUUUUUAUAUGCCUAUUUUUUAUUUUUUAUCUUUUUAUAAGCUAUUUACUGUGUAUGAUAAGCUUCGUUUUUGAUAAAAUUAACAGCGGCCAUGUCAAAAAACUACUACUAGAUUUCACUGUUGUCAAGUACAUUGCAAGAGGAUGCAUAUGGAAACAUAAUUUAUGACCAAACGAGCUUGAUUAUAUUCUCCUUUUGAAAGUAAAUAGUCUUUUUGAACUUAACACGAAUGUCGAUUAGACACUUGGUCUGAUUGAACUAUGUUAAAAUCAACUGUUUUUAUUGAGCCUUGUUAUUAAGAAAAACGUAGGCUUUGCAAAGCAAAAGCUGAUAGGAUUGUAGAAGGACGUAUUAUACAAUGUUAUCAAACAAUCAUAACCAAUACAACGAGACAUUACAUGCUUUUAUCUUACUUUUACGAUCGACUCAAAUAGGUCGACUGUGGGAAAUACAGUCGGGGUUACUAGUGUUUCGUCCAUUCGAAGUUAGCAUCAAAAGAUUACAGCAGCUUGGAUUCAGCCAGUAUGACAUUUCGACCGUGAUUGGCAUGAAGCGCACAACUGCGCAAGCUGCUACUGAUAGAAUGGAUUCCACUGGCACAACUUUGACAGGAAUGAGCACAUAUAGACUCUCUACCUUUGACUAA